GCCGCGAGGGCGCGGGCGGCCGGGGGGCGGGGGGAGUGCGGAGAGCCGAGGAGGGCGGGCGGCCGGGCAGCCAGCCUCGCCGUCCGUUUCGCGCCGCCGGCCCACGCCGCAGUGUGUUUUGUGGACGGCACCUUCCCAGACAGCCCAGUAGAGCCCAGCUCGGCGCCCGGCAGCCUUCGACGCGAUGUUCCGCCGGAGCUUUAAUCGUUUUUGUGCUGGAGAAGAGAAACGAGUUGGUACACGCACAGUAUUUGUUGGCAAUCAUCCAGUUUCAGAAACAGAAGCAUACAUUGCACAAAAAUUUUGUGAUAAUAGAAUAGUCUCAUCUAAGUAUACACUUUGGAAUUUCCUCCCAAAGAAUCUGUUUGAACAGUUUAGGAGAAUUGCAAAUUUUUAUUUUCUCAUCAUUUUCCUUGUACAGGUCACAGUAGACACACCAACUAGCCCAGUUACCAGUGGACUUCCACUUUUCUUUGUUAUAACUGUUACAGCCAUCAAACAGGGAUAUGAGGACUGGCUGAGACACAGAGCAGACAAUGAAGUCAACAAGAGCACUGUUUACAUUAUUGAAAAUGCAAAACGAGUAAGAAAAGAAAGUGAAAAAAUCAAGGUUGGUGAUGUAGUAGAAGUACAGGCAGAUGAAACCUUUCCCUGUGAUCUUAUUCUUCUAUCAUCCUGCACAAUCGAUGGGACCUGUUAUGUGACUACAGCAAGUCUUGAUGGGGAAUCCAAUUGCAAGACACAUUAUGCAGUACGUGACACCAUUGAACUGUGUACAGCCGAAUCCAUUGAUACCCUCAGAGCAGCCAUUGAAUGUGAACAGCCUCAGCCUGACCUCUACAAGUUUGUUGGCCGAAUCAAUAUCUAUAGUAAUAGUCUUGAAGCUGUUGCCAGGUCUUUGGGACCUGAAAAUCUCUUGUUGAAAGGAGCUACGCUAAAAAAUACCAAGAAGAUAUAUGGAGUUGCUGUUUACACUGGAAUGGAAACCAAAAUGGCAUUGAACUACCAAGGGAAAUCUCAGAAACGUUCUGCUGUUGAAAAAUCCAUUAAUGCCUUCCUGAUUGUGUAUUUAUUUAUCUUACUGACCAAAGCUGCAGUAUGCACUACUCUAAAAUAUGUUUGGCAAAGCACCCCAUAUAAUGAUGAACCUUGGUAUAAUCAAAAGACCCAGAAAGAGCGGGAAACUUUAAAGGUUUUGAAAAUGUUCACCGACUUCCUGUCAUUUAUGGUUCUAUUCAACUUUAUCAUUCCUGUGUCCAUGUAUGUCACAGUAGAAAUGCAAAAAUUCUUGGGCUCCUUCUUCAUUUCAUGGGACAAGGACUUUUAUGAUGAAGAAAUUAAUGAAGGAGCCCUGGUUAACACAUCAGACCUUAAUGAAGAACUUGGUCAGGUGGAUUAUGUAUUUACAGAUAAAACCGGAACACUCACUGAAAACAGCAUGGAAUUCAUUGAAUGCUGCAUAGAUGGGCAUAAAUAUAAAGGUGUAACUCAGGAGGCUGAUGGACUUUCUCAAACUGAUGGACCCUUACCGUAUUUUGACAAAGCAGAUAAGAAUCGAGAAGAGCUCUUUCUGCGUGCCUUGUGUUUAUGUCAUACUGUGGAAAUUAAAACAAAUGAUGCUGUUGAUGGAGCUACUGAAUCAGCCGAAUUAACCUAUAUGUCCUCUUCACCAGAUGAAAUAGCUUUGGUCAAGGGAGCUAAAAAGUAUGGGUUCACAUUUGUAGGAAUUCGGAAUGGCCAUAUGAGAGUAGAAAACCAAAGAAAAGAAAUAGAAGAGUAUGAACUUCUUCACACCUUAAAUUUUGAUUCUGUCCGCCGUCGUAUGAGUGUAAUUGUGAAGACUCAAUCAGGAGACAUUCUUCUCUUUUGUAAAGGAGCCGACUCAGCAGUUUUCCCCAGGGUGCAAAAUCAUGAAAUUGAGUUAACUAAAGCCCAUGUGGAACGUAAUGCAAUGGAUGGGUAUCGGACACUUUGUGUAGCCUUCAAAGAAAUUGCUCCAGAUGAUUAUGAAAAAAUUAACAGACAACUCAUAGAGGCGAAAAUGGCCUUACAAGACAGAGAAGAAAAAAUGGAAAAGGUUUUUGAUGAUAUUGAGACAAACAUGAAUUUAAUUGGAGCCACUGCAGUGGAAGACAAGCUACAGGAUCAAGCUGCUGAGACCAUUGAAGCUUUGCACGCAGCAGGUCUGAAAGUCUGGGUGCUUACUGGGGACAAGAUGGAGACAGCCAAAUCCACCUGCUAUGCCUGCCGCCUUUUCCAAACCAGCACCGAGCUCUUGGAACUGACCACCAAAACCAUCGAAGAAAGUGAAAGGAAAGAAGAUCGAUUACAUGAGUUGUUGAUUGAAUAUCGUAAGAAGUUGCUGCAUGAAUUUCCUAAAAGUACUAGAAGCCUUAAAAAAGCAUGGACAGAACAUCAGGAAUAUGGAUUAAUCAUCGAUGGCUCCACACUGUCUCUCAUAUUAAAUUCGAGUCAAGACUCUGGUUCUAACAAUUACAAAAGCAUUUUCCUACAAAUUUGUAUGAAGUGCACUGCAGUGCUCUGCUGUCGGAUGGCACCAUUACAGAAAGCCCAGAUUGUGAGAAUGGUGAAGAAUUUAAAAGGCAGCCCCAUAACACUGUCGAUAGGUGAUGGUGCCAAUGAUGUUAGUAUGAUCUUGGAAUCCCAUGUGGGAAUAGGUAUUAAAGGCAAAGAAGGUCGGCAGGCAGCCAGGAAUAGUGAUUAUUCUGUUCCAAAGUUUAAACAUUUAAAGAAACUGCUCUUGGCUCAUGGACAUCUAUAUUAUGUGAGAAUAGCACACCUUGUGCAGUAUUUCUUCUAUAAGAACCUUUGUUUCAUUUUGCCACAGUUUUUGUACCAGUUCUUCUGUGGAUUUUCACAACAGCCACUGUAUGAUGCUGCUUACCUUACAAUGUACAAUAUCUGCUUCACAUCCUUGCCCAUCCUGGCCUACAGUCUGUUGGAACAGCACAUCAACAUUGACACUCUGACCUCAGAUCCCCGAUUGUAUAUGAAAAUUUCUGGCAAUGCCAUGCUACAGUUGGGCCCCUUCUUAUAUUGGACAUUUCUGGCUGCAUUCGAAGGAACAGUGUUCUUCUUUGGGACUUAUUUUCUUUUUCAGACUUCAUCUUUAGAAGAAAAUGCAAAGGUAUAUGGGAACUGGACUUUUGGAACCAUUGUUUUUACAGUCUUAGUAUUCACUGUAACUCUGAAGCUCGCCUUGGAUACUCGUUUCUGGACAUGGAUAAACCACUUUGUGAUUUGGGGUUCUUUAGCCUUUUAUGUGUUUUUCUCAUUCUUCUGGGGAGGAAUUAUAUGGCCUUUUCUCAAACAACAGAGAAUGUAUUUCGUAUUUGCUCAAAUGCUGUCCUCUGUAUCCACAUGGCUGGCCAUAGUUCUUCUAAUAUUUAUCAGCCUUUUCCCUGAGAUUCUUCUGAUAGUAUUAAAGAAUGUAAGAAGAAGAAGUGCCAGGAAUCCGAAUCUUGAACUGCCUAUGUUACUGUCCUACAAGCAUAUUGACAGUGGUUACAGCUAAAAGAGAAAGCAUGAAGAAACAACUACAAAAAGUUUUCAUCUCAGGAUACUCGAUAUGCAACAAACUAAACCACUAUCUUAAGUCUAAGGUUCAGAAUAAAUGUCCAUUAAAAUACCAAAUGACUCUCUUUAAGUAUUUACAGUUAUUGUAAGCAGCCGUUAUGGCCAAAGCUCUAAGUUAUGAAUUAUAUGAAAGUUGAAAGCAAGAUUAUUUAGAAUUUCUGGCUUUAGAUAGAAUAAAAUAACUACCAAAUGAGUGCUCUUUUAACCCAUGAACUCUGUGAAUGGAUUUAAGUACAAUAGUAUAAAGUAGAAGUCAUGCAAUGGGAAUGAAUAGAUUUUGCUAAUAUUACUUUUUUUGCCUGGCAGAAGAAAUAGGCUGUCUGGAUCACAUUUCUUGUUCCUGCUGAAUGAUAAUCUUAAAUUAUUUUUUUCAAUAUAUGAAAGGAAUACUUGAAAAUAUAAGAGGACUAAAUCAAUACAUCAGAUAAUCCUUUCUGUUCACCCCCAUGCUAAUUUUGUCCUGAUAGAAUAUCCUUGCCAAAAAAUAUCUUGAAUACUUACUAUUUUUUCUUCUGAAUUACACCUAAUGGGUGUAAGAUUUGAAAAUAAAGCAUUUCCAAUCACUUAGUAGCCCCUCAAAACAGUUAAGAUUUAAUAGAUUUUUCCAGUAUUAGUUUUACUCAGAUCUGAGGCAAGCUGGGGGAAAAUGUAGUUACAUAAAAAUAAAGGCCAUUCUGAACAUCGUGGAGAGGUAGGAAGAAUAGCUGAUUUCAAACGAAUGGUUUUUAUUUGAAAGAGGUUGCGUCUGUGCAUAUAUGUAGCACUUUAUUUUUUUUAACUUGCCAAUUGGGGGAGGAGGAGGGGUUCAUCCCAAGAGAGUGGUUCCACCUGCAGAGCACAACUCUGAACACGAAUGUUGUUUCUCUUAGCAGACUGGACGAGGGCAAUGGUCGGACUCUAAACCAUGAGAUUCACCCAGGUGUCAAGUCCUCGAUUUACUGGACUUGAGGGAGGGUUUAGCUUCCUAAGGAGUUUGCUCAAAACAUAAAAGUAAAUGUGAUCUGUCUUUACUAAAUGUUAAAGUUAAACACACUUUUUUUUUUUAUAUAAAUGACAUCAUUUGAUGACCAGAUUGAAAUGACCUUUUAAAAAGUGUUUUCAUACCAGUUUCCACUUUUAUUUUUCUUUCGGGCAUGCCUGUACUAUUAUUAGUGUUUAUAUUGUACCUUAAUUUGGAAAAGUAUUAGAUUUAGUCUAUACCAGUGUAUUUAUAUGGUCCAUAUGGCACAUUUGAUUCUUCCAUGUGUAUUUUGUGUUAAUGUUUAGCUGUAAUUUUUCUUACAUUCUAGAAAGGACAUAUUUAGUUAUCAGAAACCAUUCCAUCAUUAUUGACCCUUUUUCAUCAUUUCAUCCGUCAGUAUUAUUGUUGAGUAUUUUGUUAAGUGUCCUCAUGCCUUCCUAAGUGUGCCGUGUUCUGGUAACCUGUAUUUGAGGUUUGAAGUAGUCUGCUGAAAACCAAGUCAAUAUAUUCUUAUUCCAAAGAGCUGAAGAAAUCAGACCCAGGAAAGCUUUCAGUGUUUUGUUGUUGUUCUUGUUUUUAGUAGUUGUUGUCUCUCGUAUUGUUCUUGUUUUACAUAAGAAUUAUAGGGACUGUGAAUACAGAGAGCCCACCUUAACUAGAGGAGCUUGUUUGAUGCAGACCAUUGGAGAUUGCACAUAAUCAGAAUAUCUGGGGUAGUGGAUAUAUAACUGGUGGCAUAUAAAAUUCCCUUUAGCCUGGAAGAAAGACAAGGAGGAUUUAGAGUCGCGUCUUAGCUGCAUAUUACACGGCAGCUCAAAUUCACGAUGGCCGUGAUGUAUGAUAUCAUGGCCUGGAUCCUUGAGAAGGACAUGACUUUAUUGUUUGAAAGGUAUUUUUUAAUGAGCUAAAAAUAAUAGUUAGCAUGGGGUUAGCAGAUGGAACGACUUGAAGUAAGCCAUCCAGUAUUCCUAGCACUACAAUCUAACCACUUUAUUUUGUGUCAGAGAAAGGGGUAAAAUGUAAUAAUCAUAUACCCACCAUCUGAAUAAUGUUGAACUACAAAAUGUGCUUGUAAUUUUCACAACUACUGUCCGAUGUUUGAGGAUGUUAACUGAAAACAUAAAUUCCAUAUCUACCACAUUUACACCAGCAACAGUAUAAAAUGUAAGCCUAAAUUUGCAAAAUUCAUAAUAAUUUAGUGAUGAAAUUUUUUAAUAACAUGCAGUAUAUAUAAAUGCAGAUUUUAUGCAAGUGUUGACAAAGUCAUUUUUCAGCUUGCAAAAUGGGACUACAAUAUUACAUUUUUCACUUCAGCAAUUUUUUACAUCUAUGUUGUUGCUUUCUAUAAUGAAUGUGAAUGCUGUCUUUUAUGAAUGCCUUUUUCAUUACAGAAAUUUUUGUUUGAUGUAAUCAAUAAACUUUGGUAUGAUACGAUA